UUCUAUGUUCUCAUUCUCACCUUUGUUUAUAUUCCUGUAUAUACCUGUUUUUUGUUUCCUAAUCAGAGAUAACAUCUCUGUUCCUAAUGGAGUAAUUGUUUGUUUGUGCAAGUGUUCGAUUUUCGUUAAUUUUUUAAUUUCCUGUUCCACAAUGGACUAUUUGACUAUUUAGUGAUAAAGAAGAUUCUGAUUAUAAAUUCAAAUUUGUAUCUACACAAUAAUGACUUCUACCCUUUAUAAACAAAUUCUGGAGAACACUUCUCUUAUCGAAAAAUUAAAAAAUAUAGUAGAUCACGACGAUGUGGUUAACCAUUUAAUUUCGAAAGAUAUAAUUAGUGAGAAAGAAUAUAAGAAAAUUUGGAAAACGGAUGGCAACAAGAUUGAUUCAAUAUUUAUGACUCUGAAAACAAAGAAAACUGUUAAAGAAAUAAGGGAGAGCUUCAAUAUUUUAAAAUCUUUGUAUGGAAAUGAAUUUGAAAAUGAGUUGGAAGAAAGCAAGCAAAGUUUAGUUGAUAGCAUUCAUCAGAGGGGCGGAUUUCCUAAAAUCAAUGUUAACACCUAUAUUUCAAGAAUAUCACAGGAGAAGAAGAUUAAAGAGAAGCUUGGGACUAUAAGGUGGAAUAAUAGUUUGGUUGUUUUCGGUAGAAUUGGGGAGGGCAAAUCUUAUUUGGUAUGUGAAUGUCUGAGAGAUAUAGAUCUUAUUUAUCACCAUUUUAGCAGCAAACUUUUCUGGAUAAAUGUUGGUGAAUGUGAAAAUGGCAGUAAUAUUUUACAACCUCUAACUCGAUUAUUGCGAAUGAUUAAUCCAAAAAAAACAAAGUUGUAUGAGUUGGAUGAACUCAUUACAGAAAUUGGUAAAAUAUUUGCAACACAAGAAUAUAAAAAUUCACUGGUAGUUCUUGAUAAUGCUAGAUCAUUGGAAGUAAUAGAAACCUUUCAAAGAAUAGGAUGCAAAUUGAUCAUUAUAACAUAUUUUAAAAAUGUGAAAAAUGCUGAUUUUGUAGAGAUAAAUUUGGGUUUUACUCUCAAUGAAACAAUUAAAUUAUUCAGUCAAUAUUUAAGUACUCCAAUUGAAAAUUUAAGUUUGUAUUUGGAUGAUAUAAAAGAAAUCCAUGAAUUGUGUAAAGGACACCCUACAACAUUAUCACUUUUAGGAGUAUUUCUGAGUUGUAAAAGACAACAUGCCUUAGAAGAUAAGGGAUUAUGGAAUUAUAUCAAAGAAAAAAUUGAUAAAGGAGAAAUAGAAGAUCUUGGUAAUGAUAAUGUCAGUAUAAUUCACACAAAUUUCUAUAAAGCAUUGAAAAUGUGUAUUGAUACUAUCAAUACCGAGGAAGUAAAACAAUUGUAUUAUCAAUUUGCAGUUUUUCCAAAAGAUGCAAAUAUUUCAACAGAGGUUCUUGAAGUAUUCUUGAACAAAAAAUCAACAGAAGUUUGGAAAAUAAUGGAUCAUUUUGAGGAUAGGUCUCUCAUUAAUUCUUUCUACAAUAAUAGAAAAAAGAUUUAUAUCUAUGUUAUCCAUGAUUUAUUUUUAUAUUAUCUAAAAAAUGAGACCCAAGACCGGAAAAUAGAGUUUCAUAGAAAGCUAAUCGAGUCAUAUGAAAGUAGAUAUGAAUAUCACACUCUACCUGAUGAUAACUAUAUUUUGUUGUUUUUGGGUUAUCAUUUGAAGCAUGCUGAAAUGUUUGAUAGAUUUAAGAAAUUCCUCGAUCUCAAAUUUAUUGAGCACAAGAUUAAAAAAGUAGGUGUUAUCAAUAUGGAACAAGAUCUCAAAAUGUACAAAGACCAAAUAAUAGGUGGAAGUGCAGAUCUCAAACUUAAAUGGGAAAAAUGUUUGAAGUUCAUAAGAGAUAAUAAGAAUGAACUAAGACAGUUAGAGAAAAGAGAUAUUAUUCAAUUAGCUCUUCCUACUUUAUUAGACGAUGCUCAAACAUUGAUGGAUAGAAAUAAGGCUAAUUCAAUAGACAAGUUAUACUUCACAACAAAAUUAUCAGCUGGUCGACUGAAAAGUUCCUAUGAAUUUCCUAUGGAGGAAGUAGCAACUUCUCUGGCUCAUUGUUUUUACAAUAACGUGCCUAAAAUAUUGAUAGGUCUUAAUAAUGGGGACGUUCUCUUGUAUUGUUCGCAAACCAACAAGAAGUCCGACAGAUUCCAAGGCCAUACAGAAUUGGUUUUCGACUUAAAAGUUGCUGAUGAUAAUUCAUGCUUCCUUUCAGUAUCAAAAGAUCAUACUGUGAAAGUAUGGCCAUUUUUCAAUCAACGAAUGAGUUUGGAUGGAAUACAGAAUGUUGCCUCAUCACCUAAGUGUGUUCAAAACGAACAUUUUGAUGCAUUCAGUCCGGGUAAGAAACAUAAUUUCAAGGAAUUUAUGUACAACAAAGAUGGCGAGUACAUAAUAUCUGCGAAUUUCUCAAACAGAUAUGAUGAAGUCAAGAUUAUGUGCACCAGUACAAAUUAUGGUAAAGUCAUAAUAUGGAAUGUGCCUACAAAAGAAAAACUGUGUAUCAAAACCGAAACUGGGAUACCUGCCAGAAAUAUACAUUUCUCCAACGAUAAUUCUAAAAUUUACUACACCAGUCAGGGACAAAUUGAGAUAUACGAGUAUAAAGACAGAAAAUUGAAUUAUUCAGAUUCCAUUGACACAGAGGACAUAAAUAGAUUAUAUGUCACUGAUAGAAAUACUUUAAUCGUUAUUCGUUCUAGAUCUGUUGUUAUGUAUGAAUCACCUUACGAAUCUAAAGAUAUUUUAUUUGAGGAUGAAGAGGAUAUAGUAUGUUCUUCUUUCGCGAAAGAUGAGUAUUUAGCUAUUGGUGUAAACAAAAACGUAUUUUUGUACAAUAUUUCCAAUGGACAACUGGUAGAACAGUUGAAACAUGAAAAAGCAGUAAUGUUAAUGACAAUGGAUAUUCUGAAAGAUGAUGAUAACAUCACAAGCAUGAUUUCAAUGAAAUUUGAUAAUAACAACAUGCAACAGUACAGUAUUAUGUUACAACAUUACGAACAACCAAGAAAUGAACAAAAGUUGGUCACAACUUUUUGGAAAAAUAACGUUCCUAGGUUAGCUCUUGCAUUGGACCACAAAGAUCUCCGAAUACAAUAUGAAUUCAACACAAUAAAUGAAAAAGAGAUGCCUUGCAGAAUAUCUCUUAUAACGUUUUCCCCUUGUGGAAAUAUCAUAAUUUUGGCCUUAGAAGAUGGAACCAUAAUCGAAUUCAAGUAUAAAUUGCAAGAUGGUUGUAGGACACUGAUUAAAUUGAAUAAAAACGUGAGUUAUCUUCACUGCAUUGGACCUGGGUCGUUUCCAGGUCAUCGAAAUAAUGAAAUUUCAAAGAGUUCUCUUAAUUCUAAUUAUGGAGCUAUAAUAGUUGUCCUAAAUGAUAUGAAUGAUACGAAUAUUCAUAUUCUUUCAGAAGAAGGCCAUAUCAAGAGAUUUUCAUGGGAUUUUGUCAUAUUCCAAGUGUUCCCAAUGGAUUUCCAACAUCUCUUAUGUAUAGAUGUAACCGGAGGUAUUUUUAUAAUUAAUCUCAAUGAAAAAUCGGAAUAUUACAAAUUAGUGAAUUAUGGCGAUGGUAGUAAAUCCAGAAAAGUGUGUUAUGCAGAUUUUUGCAGCAAGAAAAAUUUGGUGGCUAUCCUAUUCGAAGAGAAACAAUAUCAAGCAUAUCAUUUGCAACUUUUGAAUACAACAAAAGAAGUAUUCUAUACUAAAAGUAUUAAAGACUUCACACCAACCUGUUGUACCUUCUCAUACUUCGGAGAAUUGUUGGUUUUAGGGAGUAACGAUGGUAGAAUAAUGGUUUUCAAUCUACAGAAGAACAAUAAUAACAUCAGAAUUUUGAAUGCCUCGGAUUUUUCAAUAAAAUUCAUGCAGUUCUCAAAAAGUGAAUUACCAAUCUUGGUGAUUGUUGGAAGAGAAGUGUCUUGGUGGAAUUUGGAAAGUUUCCUAAGUGAGUGUAGUAACGAAAAUGAUGUUAACUUUGAUUUAGGGUUUUGGAAGAGAAAGGCUGUUCAUCAAGAAGUACCAAAUUUACUUCAAACAGUCAGUUUGUAUAGCAGUGCUGUUCAUUUUUCUGUUUCUGAAAACUUUGAAACGUUUCUUGUGGUAGAUGAGGAGAGUAGAAUAUAUGUGAUAAAAUGUUUGAAAUGAGUGUAAUAAUUAUAAUCAAAUAGUUUUUAUUUGAGAAAAUUGUGAUUUGGUUGUUUCAUUGUGAUUUAAAAAUUUAUCUUUAGAUUUGUUUUCUGUUGAAUUUCAUUAGUUGAUCCAGUUCUUUUUAUCAUGACUAUUUCUUUAUGUUUUUUUUUCGACUUUUAAAUGAUUCUCAGAUUUUCUUUUAAAUGGGUGCCAAAUAGUGUUUAUUUGAAUUUAAUGUUGAUUCCUGCACUUUUUUUGAUUAUGUGAAAAGAAUAAGUAAUUUUAUGAAUUAUUGCUCAAUGAAAUUGAUGCUGCCUAUUUCAUAAUCAUAUUGAAGAGUAAUUUUUAACUCGUUUUGAGUGCUAUACAGAACUUUUUUCUGAGAUUGGAAUGAUGAACAAAUAUUGAUAUUAUUUUAUCUUAAUUUAUGCAUAUUUUUAAAUCUAUUAUUUGUUAUUUAACUUUGAGCUGACUGCAUAUUACCUAUAAAAAAAAUAUAUUUUCUUCAAAUGCCAUUUUUGUAGACUAGAAGUUAAUAAAGUUCAUUGAACUGAAAUAUUGAUAAACCUACUUAAAACUAUUGUAAGAAGUUCAAUAUUUUCUGAAUAUGAACUCUAGGACAGUCAACUGAAGCAGUUCUGUUCAAGUCAGACAAAAUUAUUAUAGAGACUUAUAUUUUAUAUCUAUUUUAAGACUAUUGUCCAAGAUUUUUAAACAAUUUUGAAAAUCUGCAUUUUGUAUUUGAAUUAUAAUUGUAUUGUAUUGAAUUUGAUAUAUUUGAAUUAUUUAAGAUGAUUAUUUUAUUGUAAUUUUAUACGUUAUAAAUUUUGAAGAAUUAUUCA